UACUGAAAGGCAUUCUGAGAAUAAAAGUACGGUUAGAGACACUCAGACAUCACAGAAUUCGAAGGGCUCUCUUGAAUCUGCAGAGGAGGAAUACCAAGGACAAACCAAGAGAAAGCGUAUUCGAAGGAAGAAACAAAAGAACAGUUUGAAAAACUCUAAUAAUUUACAUGGAGAACAAACAGAAUCUGGAAUGCAAGAGACACUUGUUCAAGAUAAUUUACAGCUGCAGCAGAUAGACAGUCCCAAAAUAAGCAAAAACAAAAAGAGGAAAAUGAAAAAGAAGCGACAGAAAGAAAAAAUGAGAGCAGCUGGCUUGGUAACAAAAACUACCGGUGUGGAUUUUACAUAUCAGCCUGACAAAAACAACAGAGAAGAAGCAGCAGGCUUAAAAGACAUCGAUGAAAAGGCAGAUAGCAUCAUGGACUUCCUGCAGGCAACACAACAAAUUUAUUUUGCUGACAAUAAAUCAGAAGGCACAGAUUCUGCUGUAAAUCCAGCAACUGCCCAAGAGCUUUUACAGUAUCUUCAAUCUCGCACCAUCUCUUCCUCAGAUGUUACUCUUCUGCAUCAGCUGAAAUCCCUUGUAUUGCUGUGGGAUAUUGCAAGAUUGAAGGAUGCUUUAAAACAAUUUGAAGAACAAUCCAUGAUGCCACCUGAUCAUACCAAGAUAGUCACGUCUCUGUUUCACUACUGGAUUACAGAUAUCCUUCCUGUGAAGAACAGGAAAUAA